GACGCUGGGCCAAUUGUGCGCCGCCUCAUGGGUCUCCCAGUCACGGCCAGCAGUGACACAGCCUGGGGUCGAACCCUGGUCUGGUCUAAGGCAUUGUGAUGCUGUGCCUUAGACCACUGUGCCACUGUGCCACUAGGUACAAUACAUGUACCUCCAGGGGUAACCAGUAGACUGAUCUGGUCUACCAUCUGAUCUGAUCUGCUAAGGCUAUUAUAAAUUGGGUUUGUCUACAUUUUUCUAAUUGUGUAAAUGCAUUGCCAUCAACUUMAGCUGAAUUUUUCACCAUGCCAUUGAAAUAAUGUUUGUCUGCUCUGCUUUGCCCAUCAGAUCAACUAUUGAAUGAGUGUAUAAGAAGUCUGCUGCUGGUAGAGAGAUGGAGAGUGACUCUCACACACUGCCACUCCUCCCUAUAUCUCUUCCUUAUCCCGCCACUCUCUACCACUGCCUGCCUUUCUCUUCCUCUCUUUUGCAAACUUCUUCCACUGUUCAUGUUUCACUCCCUCUGUCUCCUCUAUCGAUCCCACCAUCCCCUACUUCACUUUGUCCCACAGCCCCAGCUUCAAUUCACCUCAAGACUGAACCUCUCUCCCCUCUUUUACACACCUUGUCCCCACCUUUGUUUCUUGAUGGACAAAACUUACACUGCCUAAACUCUCUAACCACAUCUGAAGAAGAUGACUUGACCUGCCUCAACUGGCUGCAUCAAAGAGGCAACUUGCUUCCCCUGCAGCCCCUGCCCAAAACAACACCACUGCCUCAGCUGGAGCCCCAGGAUCCCAUACCUACCCCAAACCUUCCUCCCUCCCCAUCCAAGCCCCCUUACUCCUUUAGCAGUCUAAUCUUCAUGGCGAUAGAGGACUCGCCAGACAAGAGGCUCCCAGUAAAGGGCAUCUAUGAAUGGAUAGUGAACAGCUUCCCCUACUACAGAGCAGCACCUGGGGGAUGGAGAAACUCUGUUCGACACAACCUGUCUCUGAGUAAGAGCUUCCGUCGGAUUCACAGGGACAAGAGCCAGUUGGUGGGGAAGGGCUCACUGUGGUGUGUGUGUCCAGAAUAUCGACAUGCUCUUCUGGAGGUGCUCAGGAAAGCGCAUUAUUACCACGGCACCAACAGUAACUUACUAAACAACCCUGCGUUGUUGGAGGGAGCUGAUUACGAAGUAUCRAUGGUGUAUGACACUGUGGAGAUCUCAGAUUCCCUUUGUCAAACUCUCCUCCUCUCCUCCCCCUCUACCCCAGCCUUGACCUUAGACAACCCACCUCUCUCCUCAAAUCCACCUUGCCCUCUGACCCCUGACCAUGAGGAGAUGGUCAACAUGGAGGCAAUGGAAUAUGAGGAAGAGGUUGGUGAGGAGAUGGAGAAAGACCCCCUGUCAGACAGUGGCUACAUAGAGUUACACUACUACCAGUAUCACCAGUACCAGUAUCUGGUCCUGCCCGGGGACACUGAACUGGAUCUGGAGACCGUAGAGAUCCUGCAGCUGGAUGUUGAGGCCCAAGAGGCUGCUGGGUCACUUCUGGACCUGGCAGGGGGUGGACAUUAGACUGAUCUACAGAUAAGGACAGCAAGUGUGGUCUAAACAAAUUGACCAAUAGACUGAACUACACUGUGAUGUAAGGAGAUUAUGUGCAACCUGAGUAAUAUAAAUUGGCAAUAUGUUGCUGUGUGCUGACAUUUUGACACUGCCUGAGAUUUGAUUUGCUGUCAUAAAGUGAUAUACUGUAGCUACUAUGAUUGCACAUCCAAGCCACCCUACCUGAUGCAUGUGAACACAUUUAAGCCACUCACCACACGCAUUGACAUAUACCAGACAUUGUCAUAUGCUUUUGGUAUAAAUUGAGGAAAACUACUGACACUGUACUGAUAAGAAUCAAUACCUCUAUAUUUUGAUGGAAUACUACAGAUGAAUGAUAACAUGAGAAAUCUACUGCCAAUUAAUCCACUUUCAGAUUCAGGGGACAAAGGAAGUUAUGUUCAAUUCUGAAUCCUGAAUCUGAUUUUAUAAUAAUCUCUUUACCAGGUGCAUCUUUUAUUGAACACUUACUAUUGUGCAGAAUUUAUUUUAUAGGCUAUGUCUAUGUUUAGAAAGAAACAUUAGACAUGUGUCAUUCAUUCAACUCUUUUUCAUUUCAUAAUUCUAUUAACAAUAAAGCACCAA